GUUUCGGUGGAGAGCGAGGAUGUGGUGGGAUAAGAACGAUACGGCGAAGCAUGAAAACAAGAAGGCUAAAAUAUCGGUGUGGUGGGACAUGAAGGGGUGUCCGAUUCCGGAGGGGUAUGAUGCUCGUUGGGUCCGUCCGAGUAUAGAAAGGGCGUUCAAGAAGCUAGGCUACUAUGGUCGUGUCUCCAUGACUGGCUAUGGCGACCAAAAACAAACCCCUUGUGAGCUCCUGCAAGGGCUCUCUUCCACCGGAGUCGCUGUUGCACAUACCAAAUCCGAAACCAUAUGCUCACUCAUGUACUCGGAUAUGCUGGAGUGGCGAGCUCAUAAUCCUCCUCCGGCUACAAUGAUGCUCAUAUCCGAUCAGGUGGAGGAUGUCUUCGCUUGGGAUCUGGCCCGUCUACAACAACACACGCAAUACAACCUUUUUCUGGCUUCUCCAUCUAUGCCUUCACGUUCUUCGGUACUGCACACUUCUGCAAGGUGGGCCUGGGAAAGCUUACUUCUUGAGUCCCCCAAAAGUCUUGAGUCCCCAAAACGCAGCGCACUUAGCAGUCAAUUAUCUGUCAAGUUUUCCUUCAAAAGCAGCGCACUUGAGUGCACUAGCGGUCAAUUAUCCGCUGCCAAGUUUUACUGCAAACCGUGCUGCUUCCAUGGCCAAAGCCCGGCGGGUUUCAGGAAGCAUAUCUCGAGUAAAAUGCAUGCAGUGAAGGAGGUUUUAAACCCUUUGUAUGAAGAACUUGACUCUCAAACGAGCAAGUGGGGAAAGAACUACGCGGCCAAGCCCGAAUACGCCACGGCUCAAAUAGCCGUGUGGUGGGACAUGAUAGACUGUCCCAUUCCCGAGGGUUAUGAUGCUCGUCGGGUCCGUCCGAGUUUAGAAGCGGCGUUCAAGGAACUAGGCUACUCUGGUCCUGUCUCCAUCACUGCUUUCGGCGACCUCAAUCAAGCCCCUGAUCACCUCUUGCGAGGGCUCUCUUCCACUGGAGUCGCUCUUGCACAUGCCAUUCCCGAAGUCAUAUACUCGCGCAUGCUUUCAGCUAUGGCCACCUGGAAAACACAUAAUCCUCCUCCGGCUACAAUAAUGUUCAUAUCCGAUGAUCUGAACCGGCUCUACUCAGAUACUAUUGCCCGGGAACAACAAGAGAAUAAAUACAACCUUUUUAUGGCAUAUUCAUAUAGGCCUCACAAAAUGUCAGUCCUCGUCACUUCUGCAGAGUGGCUCUGGGAAAGCUUAUUACUUGCAGGCGCGCCUCGAUGGGGACUUCACAAGUGCAGUCAAAGCUCAACAAUCCCACGGGAGAACACUACCGAAAUGUUUGUCUGCCGCGUGUGCAUUUGUGAUUGCAAAAGCCUUGAUGAUUUCACCAACCAUCUCUCAAGUGAAAAUCAUGCACAGGAAGAGGCUUAUAUUUAUGCGUGUAGGCGAGCAGCCAAGUUCGACAUACGCUACCGGAUAAAGGAUGAAGUACUCGAAAAUUUUCCAGAGAGCAAACGUUUGAGGAAAGCAUGUGGGACGGGUUUUGGUCAUCUUCAUAAUCAUUUACAUGUUGUUACCAAUCGUGGGUCUCGACUUAGGGCUCGAAAAUCUCACACCUCCAAGAAAGAUUGGUGAAAUUGUUACUCAAGUGAUCAGUCCCUGGAAGCUGCUCUUACUUUUCGUUUCUGUCUAUGUUUCAAUUUCAACUAUUUAUUUUUCAUUUCGUGUUCUUGUUUGAAACAAUGGUUUAUCUAUAUAAGUCGAUCGUAUUAUUCGCUUAUGUAUUAGAACAAAACAUCUAAUUUAUCGAAAUGACAAUAUUAAAACCCUA